UCUUUUUCUGAUCACCUUUCCGAAAUUUGAAGCCUCGAUUUCCUGAUUAUUUACUGGAUUUCUGAUGCCAAAUUUGUUAUUUGGGAAAAUACAAUGCGUGCAGGAGUAGUUUAUCUCUUCUUUUCUUUUCUUUUUGCUUAUGACGACUAAUGAAUCUGCAAUGGAAGCACCAUUUGUUGCUGAUGAGAUUGAUGAGAUGAAGGAUGUUGAAUUUAAUGACAUGGUGCCUUCAGAUUCCAACGAUCCCCAGGAGAUGAUGAAGGAUCUUUCCAAAAAGGAUGAGGCAAAGGAGAUGGUUACCACUACUGAUAUUGCUGAUGAUGAGGAAAAGGUUGAUAAGGUUGGACAAAAUAGCGAUGAUAAGAUACCUGGCAUAGGAAUGGCAUUUAGAACAUAUGAAGAAGCUUCUAACUUCUAUAAGCAGUAUGCUUUGCGAGUGGGGUUCGGUGUGGCUGUCAAGAAGUCAUCUUUCUCAAAAUCUGGAGUAUGUAGGAGGUUGAUACUCGGAUGCUCUAAAGGAGGGAGAGGACGAGCAGAUGCUUGUUACCUAGCUAGGCAGACUGCGAAGACAAAUUGCGAGGCUAUGAUAGCAGUGAAGCUGUGGGGUGAUGGCUUGUUGCAUGUUGUUGAUGCUAAACUUGAACACAAUCAUCCGGUCAGUCCUUCAACUGCACAAUUCCUGAGAUGCUACCAAAAGAUGGCACAUACAAUGAAUAUUGUACAACAAGGUGGGCAUAGAAAUUCUCAUGUGGUUGACAAGGAUUGUGUAAGCAUGACUGAAAUAGGGAGAUUGAAGCUUGGGGAAGGAGAUGAUGAAGCCAUUCAUCAAUUUUUUGCCCGGAUGCAGAAUAAGAAUCCAAAGUUCUUUUACUCGGUGGAUCUGGACCAAAAUGGUCGAAUGAGGAACUUGUUUUGGGCUGAUGCAAGGUCAAGAGCAGCAAACCGGUAUUUUGGUGAUGUUGUUGCAUUUGAUUCAACCUGCUUGACUGAAAAGCAAGAUUUGCCACUUGUUUCUUUUGUUGGUGUGAACCAUCAUGGUCAAAGUGUGCUUUUGGGUUGUGGAUUGCUUUCAAAUGAAACUGUUGAAACUUUUGUUUGGUUCUUUAAGACAUGGCUAACAUGCAUGAUGAAUUGCUACCCAAAUGCUAUCAUCACUGACCUGUGUAAACCUAUUCAGGAUGCAGUUGCAGAGGUUUUUCAAGGAACCCGACAUCGUCUAUGUUUACAUAAUGUAAUGAAGAAGGUACCAGAAAAAGUAAGGGGGCAUGAGGAGUUGAAAGCAAUUAAGAAAGAAUUGAAGAAACUUGUCUACGAUUCAUUACGAGCUUAUGAGUUUGAACAUGAAUGGAAGAAAAUGAUAAAAAAGUUUGGACUUGAAGGUAAUGAUUGGCUUACAGAAUUGUAUGAAAAUCGACAUUCAUGGGUUCCACUUUUUCUUAAAGAUGCUUUUUGGGCAGGCAUGUCUGUUGCCCAACGUGGGGAGAGUUUAAGCACCUACUUUGAUGGAUUUGUGUAUCCAAGGACUACUAUAAAGCACUUUUUCAGUAAAUACGAAACUAUCAUUCAAAGUAAGUGCAAAAAGGAAGCACAAGCUGACUCUGAAUCAUUCCACAAGACACCUCUGAUAGCAUCAAAAUUUUACAUGGAAGAACAACUAUCCAAGCUCUACACCAUUAACAUGUUCCAAAAGUUCCAAGAUGAGCUAAAAGCCACCAUGUAUUGUCAUGCCUCACCAAUGAAGAUAGAUGGAUCUAUUCAAAUCUUUGAGGUGAAAGAAUGUUCUUAUAUUGAAAAUGGCAAGAGAACAGAGAGUAAGGAUCAUGAGGUUUUCUACAAUGCAGAAGAACUAGCUGUGCAAUGCAUAUGUGGCUUUUUUCAGUUUCAUGGAAUUUUAUGUAGACAUUCAUUAUCAGUAUUUAAGUUGCAACAAAUUUUUGAGAUACCAUCUCAUUAUAUUCUUAAUCGCUGGAAAAAGGAUUUUAAGAGAUUACAUACUUUAGCUAAUUAUGCUGAUGAUAUAGUUCCUGACAGCCUAGUGGACCGCCAUGAUUACUUAUCAAUGCGUUUCCUUCAACUUGUUGAAGUUGGAUUUUUAUCUGAAGACAGGUACCAGCUUGCAGUAAAGCUAAUAAGAGAGCUGGAGAAGUUUCUUUUAGAUGAGCCAGGAUGCAGAGACAGGCAAUCUAGGCUUCUUUCUUUCGAAACCCAGCCCGGUCAAUGUGUACAGGAUCUUUUAGCUUCACGAUUUGUUAUCUCAGAGUGUAAUAAGAGCCAGAGUUCUUUGCAAGCAAAACGAAGAGGAAGGCCCCAAAAAAAGCUAGAAGAAUCUAAUAUAGAGGCAUUGGUCCGGGCAAAUAAGGAGCAGGACUUUCUAAGGUCAUCUCUCAUUCAGAGUGAGAACCCUGUACUACAAGCUGCCUCAACUAGUUUACAUCAGGAUGCUCAUAUUGGAUCACAAGGCGGCAUUGAUUUGAUGGAGGAAGUUAAUCAAAAUGAGCUUUCAUUUGGCCCACAUUUUGGGAUGCAUGUGAACCAAGAUCAAAUUGUUGGUCAAGUGAGGAUGCAGCCUAGUAAUUUGUUUCAGGUUCAAUAUGAACAGCAGGGAUUAAGCACGCCAACAAGGAUGCCAUGGCUUUAUCACCAAUUGUACCAGGAGGAUCAAAUUCCGAAAGCACCUUCUGGCCAAAGGAAUGGAUAGAACAGAGGGCAUCUUUUUACUCUCAACAAGUUCAGAUACUUGAUUAUGUGCUAUAUGUUUUGGUAGUGCUUGUAAUUGGCACACUAAGCUGUUUGACAAGUUCUAUCUAAAGGUGCAGGAGCAAUUACUAACAAUGUGGCUAACAUCCUGAUAGCAUAUCCUGGUAUGAGUUCUAAACACUGAAGGAUCUUUAGUGGUUUUAAGAAAUUUUUAUUUAAAUGUUUUCAUUUCGAAGACAAAUGUAGUUCAUUAUAGAGCUUAAAACACUAUGGUGAGUACUGAUAUGAUCAGGAAUUAGAGAUGUGCAAGAGAGAAUCUGAUGCAUGUACACUGACCAGUGAUCAAAUCCCAGAUUAGAGCAGUGCAUCUAGAUUGAAAAUCAUAAUUAUCAAUGGCACAAACACAAAGCAAGAUACUAUAUGGAUUGUAUUCUAACAUGUAUUAUGAAUCAGGCUACCCACCUUUUCAAAGUGCCUGGCCGGCCCUCAAGUAACAUGGGAUCAAAUUCCUUUCCUCCAGAACUCCGGCUACUUAAAGUAGAAAGUAAGCCCAAGUGAAAACGCUAUCUUUCCAUAAUUAGCAUAAUUAGUCAACCCAUACAUUAUUAUUUGUUUUUUUUUAUUUCUCUUUAGUGUAAUUUAUCUUUCAAUGAAUAUAAUGAUAUUUCAAUAUUUAUUUAUGUUC